UACACAGAGCAGUAAUUUGUGAUUCACGGAUUUCACUGCACUUUGCUCGGAAGGUAGAGGAGUAUCAAUUCUUCUGAAACGAAAGUAAUUCCUUGCAUAUUGUAGCUGUUGUAGGUAAUUAUUAUUCAGGCAGCAGACUCACUGACAGUACACCUACUUCUUGCAUAUUCUGCUUUGUGUUGGUGAUUGCUGCUGUUUCACUGAAGAAAACAACACGGACACUGAACCAGAACCAUGGCAACUGCAGAUCCACAGCUUUCUGAGAUGAUUGAAGAAGAGUUUCUAAAGUGCAAGAUCUGCUUUGAGCUGUACAAGACUCCUCGGAUCCUGCCCUGCCUGCACUCCUACUGCGAGCAGUGUCUGGCGAAGAUGUUGGAGAAAGGGCAAGGCACUAUCUGCUGCCCUGAGUGCCGAACAAAGACAUACGUUCAGGGCAACGUCAGUAAUAUCAAAACCAACUUCUACAUAAAAGGUCUUCUGGACCUGUUUGAGUCCAAGAGGAACAAGGAUGCGGUCUGCUCUGUGUGCCAGUCCUGUUCAGACACAUUUAUUCAGCUGCCCACUUUAGUUCGCUCAUUUGACACAGAAGAUAUGGAAGAUGAAUUUGACCAAAACAUAACAGGCAUUGCAAGCUUUGAAAAUGGGGAUAUUGUCAUUGCUGAUGAGAGUAACUCAAUUGUAAAGGAAUUUAGGCAAAAUGGGAAGACAGUAGGUGACACUUCUGUGUCAGAGGAAUGCUGCCCUUGCAGUGUCACUGUCUGUGGGGAUACAGUUUAUUUUUCUUCAACAACAAAGCUUUAUAAGAUCACCGGAGACAGCGAUAUAAUUCAAAUAAACAAUUUGCGUGGGUCACAGACCAGUUAUCCGAUUGCCUCAUACAAGGGCAAGUACAUAGCCGUGAGCGAAGGGGCAGCAUGCACCUUGUCUCUAUAUGAUCCCAAAGGCUCCCUUGUGGAUAGAGUUAAGCCUCAUGGUUACCAUGGUGGGAAGUUCAUGUUUCUGGCAGUCAACAGUAGAGAAGAGUUUAUUGUUACAGACAGUGCCAAGAAAUGUAUAGUGCUUUUUACAAAGACUGGAGAGAUCAUCAAUGUGUGUUCGUCUGCAGGUUCUGGUAAAUUUGUCCCAUUCAGUGUCUGUGUUGAUCACAGAGACAAUAUCUAUGCAGUAGAAAGUGGGAGGAUCAUUCAGCUUUCACCCAAGGGGGAGUUUCAGAGAGUGUUUGUUGACUUUAAAGAUGAGACAUUCAGGCCAAAGCUUAUAACUGCAGAUGCCUUUGGACACCUCAUUGUGACUGAUAAGGAGGGGUCUAUAAGGCUUUAUAAAAUUAAAACCUUUUCCAUCAGGAUGAUUGAAUAGACAAAGCAAAUCAGAAUCCCUUUAAAGACUUCAUUAACCAACACAAUUAAUUGAAUAAUUUAUAAUCCCAAUAAGAAAAAAAAAACUGUUAUAAAGCUGUAUUUAAAUGCCUGUAUAAGGUAAUAAUUAAAAAAAGAUUUAAAUAUUGCUGUACUUUAAUCUUUAACUGAAUAGGCAUUUUCUCACUGAUCAAGGACCUCGCCCUGUAAACAGGAGGGGUCUCCAUUUUGUUAAUUCAUUCCAUUCCUGCUGAUGCUUCAGGUAUGUCUCAGGUAUCACGUAAUGUUUUAAAAGUUAUUGAAGUGGUUGGGAAUUUACAUGAUAUUGCUAAAAUGAUACUGUGAUUAUGAUAAUGGGAAUAUUGAGUUGUAUAAUUACUCUGAGAUGAUGAUGAUGAUUAUUAUGAUUAUUAUUAUUAUUAUUAUUAUUAUUAUUAUUAUUAUUAUUAUUAUUAAUUUCGAGCUGAAGUCUAGUUUAAAACGGAGAGCUGCACUGCAAUUGUUAAUGAAAGUUUAAGAUACAGUUUUAAAGUUUUGUGAAGUGGAGAUCAUUUUGCAUAUCUAGCGUUUUAUUUUAUUUAGUUUUAAAUGUAAAAAAUAAAAUACUGUUUGUCUGUAUGUUUUGGAAAAUUAGAAAAAAUGUAAUUCAAGUGCAUUUCAUUUAAACUAUGUCUGUGUAAGCUAGCUGAGCUGAAACUGCAGGUGCAUACAUUUACAAUGUAGCUAUUUGGGGGGGGGGCCCACAUCAGGAUAUAGUGCUUGCACUACGGUCUGUUAAAUGUGACUAACAGGAUUCCUAUCUGAUUUUCUUUCCUGAUGUUUCUGUGGUCAUACUACAUGAUUUAUAUUUACCAAAAAUAUUCUCAAUUAUAUUGUAAAUGUUGUGAUUUGAAUGAAUGUACAACAAAUGUGAUGUUUUGUUAAUUCAUUCUAUUCCUGCUCAUUGUCUGAACUGCUUCAUGCAAAUAAAUCUGAGUCCACUUCACAUUGGUGAUCAAUGUAGUUAUUUCUCUUA